UUCCAUUAUUGAGAAAAUUCGGCUAAUUUACGGUUUAAGUUCAAGUUUAACACACAAUACGUACUGGUGUCGACUCGUUCAUCCCCUAUAUAAGGCCUAUGGAUCCAGGGCAAUUCCUAAUCGGCCCAUCACUCUCCCUCCGCUUCCUCCCCUCUCCCCAUUUCGCUCCGCCUUCUCCUCUUCCUUUCUCUAAUUCCCCUCCCCAAAACAAUUUGCGGAAACGUCGUGCGUUCCCUGAAUACAAUCGCACGGCGGCGAGAUGCAGAGAUUUGUCGCGAGGAGUGGAUUACUGGAAGGAGGAAGAAGAAGAGCCCAAUCUCUUCUCCGGUCGCAACAACAACAACAAAAACAGACCCGCUAUUUCGCUCAGGCUGCUCGUGAGAAAGAAAUUGCAAAUGACGUCCUCCCGAAGAUGCCGCCGUUCGAUUACUCGCCGGCGCCGUACACCGGUCCUUCCGUCGACGAGAUCUUGGCCAAACGCAGGCAGUUUCUCAGCCCUUCCAUGUUCUAUCUGUACAAGAAGCCAGUGAACAUCGUCGAAGGGAGGAUGCAGUAUUUGUUCGACGAAGGAGGUCGCCGGUAUUUGGACGGAUUCGGAGGAAUCGCGACGGUGAACUGCGGCCACUGUCAUCCUGAUGUGGUGGAUGCGAUCGUUAGCCAAGUGAAGCGCAUCCAGCAUCCAACGAUCCUGUAUCUUAAUCAUGCCGUCGCUGAUUUUGCAGAGGCUUUGGCCUCCAAGAUGCCUGGCAAUCUUAAGGUGGCGUUCUUCACCAACUCCGGAACGGAAGCGAACGAGCUCGCAAUGAUGAUGGCGAGGCUGUACACCGGAUGUCAAGAUAUGAUCUCUGUGAGGAACUCGUACCAUGGUAAUGCUGCUGGAACGAUGGGCGCCACCGGCCAGCGCAGCUGGAAGAUGUUCUUGGAUGGACAACAGAGCGGAAUUCACCAUGUGCUGAACCCAGAUCCAUACAGAGGUCCAUUUGGGUCUGAUGGAGAAAAGUAUGCAAAAGAUGUUCAGGAUAUCGUUGACUUUGCAACCACUGGUCACGUUGCUGGAUUCAUUUCUGAAGCUAUACAGGGAGUGGGUGGAAUCGUUGAAGCAGCACCUGGCUACUUGCCUGCUGUUUACAAAAACGUUAGGAAAGCUGGAGGGCUUUGCAUUGCUGAUGAAGUUCAGUCUGGUUUUGCACGCACUGGGAACAUGUGGGGAUUUGAGGCCCAUGGUGUUGUUCCUGACAUUGUCACAAUGGCAAAGGGCAUCGGAAACGGCAUGCCCCUCGGUGCUGUGGUGACCACACCCGAGAUUGCAGAAGUGCUGACUCGCCGCAGUUACUUCAAUACGUUUGGUGGGAACCCAGUUAGCACCGCUGCAGGGUUGGCCGUUUUGAAAGUGAUUGACAAAGAUAACCUCAGGGAAAAUGCUUCUACAGUUGGAGCAUACAUGAAAGAUAGACUGACUGCACUCAAGGAAAAAUAUGAAAUUAUUGGUGAUGUGAGGGGAAGAGGCCUGAUGAUCGGAGUAGAACUGGUCAGUGAUCGCCAAAAGAAAACUCCUGCAAAUGCUGAAACCCUGCACGUAUUGGACCAGAUGAAAGAAAUGGGAGUCUUGAUCGGGAAAGGUGGUUUCUAUGGAAAUGUCUUCAGAAUCACUCCACCCCUCUGCUUCACCAAAGAAGAUGCAGAUUUCCUGGUUGAUGUUAUGGAUUACAACAUGUCCAAGCUGUGAGCAAGACUGGAAAAUGGAAACUCGGCCGAUGGAUCAAGAUGGUUUACAAGAUGGACAUCUAUUUGGCUGCAGGGAACUGCUCAAAUGGUCUAUCUGGGGUUGACAUUCUCUGUAGCAUAAGGCUCAAGGGCUUUUUGACGACCUCAUUACGCCAGUUUUUGCUUCAUUUUGCGCUGCUCCCUAUUGGCAGCCCAUUUGUAGGCACUCUGGCACUGUAAGUAGUUUGCUUAUUGGGUUGAUUCACGUUUUGCUGUCCCUCUAAGAUAGAGAUGAUCAGAAUAGCGAAGAAGACAGCUAAUCUGCACAACUUGUGAAGAUCCAAACCCAAUCCGGCAGCAGAUACAUUUUCUCAAUUGACAGAGUGUAUGUACUGAAAAGAUUGUGGUACUUUUGAUUCAAAUUUGACGAAACUGGACAUCCAAAAUUCUAUCGAAUCGUCCUUGAAGAGGACAGAAUCCUUGUAUAGCUAAUACCAUCACAGAAUGAAGUAUACUGAAAUGCAGGCAAGACAGUAUGAUAUGGUGAGGUAUGCAGAGGCUCCCAGCAAAACAACUUUGUUAACAUUGGCAACUGCAGAUGGUGAACACAGACUGCAGUGCUUUCCCGCAUAUUUAUCUUCAAUAAUCAAUUCUCUUUGAUUCCACUUCUCUCCAUGCUUCAAAACUAAAUCAAACACUCAUUCAUUAAUUCAUGAUGCGUAAAAAGCCCGAAAGAAGUAGAUGGAACAUGCAAAAUAGAGAUGAGACGGGCCGGAGAGACUU